UCAAAAGUCUUACCGAAAGUCAAAAUCUUACCGAAGGUCUAAAGUCCUACCGAAAGUUAAAUACUAUUUUCACCCGAGUCAAGCCCCUUUUGGAAAAUAUCACUUCGACAAAGCGGGGUCGUCUAAGCGGAUCUACCCCACAUAGGCAGAA